AUGGAUCGGUCGAAGCCCGUGAAGUACGGCCUCGAGAUUCGCCGCAAGCCGCAAAGCCAUCGCCCUGCGACGGCGGCGAAGCCGUUACCACCCGUGCGAGAUGCGAAGCUGCAAACGCUUUUCGGCAAUGAUGACGACGACGAUGUGGAGGCCGAUAUCGCGAGGCAGAACCUCAAGAAGCGAAGCCAGCGUGAGACGGAGCAGCAGCACGAGGCAGCGAUGGCGGAGGACCCGUCAGUGUUUGACUACGACGGGGUGUACGACACCAUCCACGCCGCCAGGACCUCGCGAGCCAAAGAGGCCGUGCAGAGACAGGCCCGCUACAUUCCAAACCUGUUAAAGACGACCAAGGAGAGGGAGAAGGAGAAGGAGCUGGUGCAGGAGCGGCUGCUGGCGAAGGAGAGGGCGAAGGAGGAGGAGGAGUUCGCGGGCAAGGAGCGGUUUGUCACGCGCGCUUACCGCGAGAAGCUGGUGGAGCGGCAGCGAUGGCUGGCGGAGGAGAAGAGGAAGGAGGCUGAGGAGGCGGCUAACGAUCAUAAUUUUGAUUUCUGCUUCAACCCCUCUUCCCGCCCUGCUGCCCCUUUCCUCACUUCCCCUCCUCCUCCCCCGCCCCUUUCCCUUCCGCCCCAACCUCCCUUUUUGCAACGUCUACUCUUCAUCUCUGCUUUGCCCCCCUUUCCACCCUGCCAUUCCCCCCUUCCCCCCUUGUUCCCCAUUACCCCAUUUCCCCCAUUCCUUUCUUCCCCUUCCCCGCUUUUUCCCCUUUCCCCCUCUUCCCCCCUUCCUCGUCCUUCCGUUCCUUCCCCCUCCUGCCCCCACGUCUCCUCCAGUGCGAGCAGGGGGGAUGGCUUGCCUCUGAGAAGCAGCCAGGAAGGUGCGGGCGAGGAUGAGACGAGACAGGCUGGUGGAGUAGGGCGUGAGGGGGGUUCUGCUGGUGGGGGGAAUGGUGGUGCUGGGGUUUCUGGUGAACAUUCUUUGCCAGGUGUCAGAAAGCCAUUGGAGGGUGGUGAUAGUAAGAGUGUGAAGGUAUCAGCAGAAGACAAGGUGAGUGAUGCUCGUGCCCGGUUUCUCGCGAGGAAGAAGCAGAAAAGCGUUCCAUGA